CUUGGUCCCUCCAGGCUGUACAGGCUGAGGAGCAACCACAGGAUCUCUGUGGCUGCUGCCUCCAAGCUGCUGUGCAACAUGAUGCUGGGCUACAGAGGCAUGGGCCUCUCUAUGGGAAGCAUGAUCUGUGGAUGGGACAAAGAGGGUCCCGGUCUGUACUACGUGGACGACCGAGGGACGCGUCUGUCCGGCCGCAUGUUCUCCACCGGCUGUGGGAGCAGCUACGCCUACGGCGUGGUGGACAGCGGCUACAGGGAGGACAUGGCGGUGGAGGAGGCGUACGAGCUGGGCCGCCGGGGCAUCGCUCACGCCACACACAGGGACGCCUACUCUGGAGGGGCGGUCAACAUGUACCACAUGCAGCAGGACGGCUGGAUAAAGGUGUGUAAGGACGACGUAUCCGAGUUGAUCCACCGCUACAGGAAGGGAAUGUUCUGAAUGCUCAGCACUCUGAACACGACUGAUGAUGCGUUUCUUCCCAAAAGAUUCUUUGUCCACUUUUCUAAUAGUGAUUUUGGAAAUGAUCCCACUGACGUCUCACAGCAGAGAAAUGCUGUAGAAACGUUUCUUUCCUUACACAUGAACCUGAACUCUACAGAACCAAACUGUCUCUAAGCUGCUGAGCUCAUUGUUUGCUGUUUGUUCUUAGUGAUGUAAUGCAGGUUCUGUGUGUGUUGAUCCUCACGUGCUUCUGUGUAGUAGUUUGUUCUUUGUUAACCAGACAUGCUGUUAAAAUACUUUCACCAAAACAACACACAGUCCCAAAUAAAGCCUGUUGCUCAGCUC